GUUCAAACUCCUUUGUCUCUAACCAUAAAUAUGUACUUAGUCGAUCUUGUGAUCAGAAAAUAUCACUUUGCUGUAAUGUGGUUUCGUUGGGCUCUCAAUUCUCUCCAGAAGAAUAUUACCAAUGAGCAAAGCAGAUAUGUGCAUUGUUAGGUGAUGCUUCUCCAUGGAGAGCAUGAGAAGGGGAGAUGAGGAUGUUUCCUGCAAGGAAAAGGUUGUUGAGAGUUCAUUAUCAUCACCUAGCAAUAGGUGUCCUUUAUUCACACAAUACUACACUCCUUCAGCUGGUGGUAAAACUGAUGAUUCAUUUGAUUUGGCCAUGGAUGGACUUAUUGCCACCUCCAUUGAGCAGUUAUUACUAUAUAACAAUGUGUAUGAGAUGGAGAGCUCUGAUCAAUCUCCGUCUAGGCUGAGUUUCCUCUCGUAUGGCGACGAAUCUAGAAUUGACUCUGAGUUAAGGUUUCUUGCUGGUGUAGAUUAUGGAGAGGUCACAAAGGAGGAUGAGAAGAAAGAUGAGGAAGUUUUUGGGCGCUCUAUUAUCAUUUCAAACCAAAACCAAACAACAACAACAACAACAGAGAAGAAGCAUCAAACAAAAUAUUGUGGAGUAUCGAAAAAGCCGAAUUCGAGAAGCAAGUCCUUUCAUCAUGUCAGAACUGCUUCCUCUUCUUCUACUUCUGUUUCUAGGAAGACAACGACUCCAACGAACCAAAGAAAGCUCAUGACUGGGCAUGUUGAAGAUGAGAAUUCUGCUAAAGUCAAAGGUUCUUACUAUCUUGGGCCAUAUCUGCUCAAACAAGCAGCAAAGACCUUGGUUUCAUCGUCGUCGUCCUCAUGGGGUGACGACAACAACCAUCAGAAGGCCCUUGAUUUCACCCUUCGCGCUUUGAAGUAUUUUGAAGCUUCUUAUUCAAAGGGCAAUUCCAGAAGCAGCUUGGAGCUUGUAAUGUGUUUACACAUUGCAGCUGCAUUGUAUUGCAGAUUAGGAAGGUAUGAGGAAGCAAUUCAGGUUCUCGAGAGAUCCAUUGAAAUUCCUGUGAUGGAUAGGGGAGAUGAGGUCCAUCUUGCGGCUAAAUUUGCAGGGUGUAUGCAACUUGGAGACACAUAUGCAAUGCAGGGUGAAGUGGAUAGCUCAAUCCCGUUCUAUACAGCAGGACUAGAAAUUCAACGAAAAGUGCUUGGGGAAAAAGAUCCGCGGGUUGGAGACACGUGUCGGUAUGUGGCAGAAGCACAGAUUCAAGCAAUGCAGUUCGACGAAGCAAAGAAGCUCGGUGAGUUGGCACUUGAAAUCCAUAGAGGAGGAGGGGGAGGAGAUAAUACAACUGCUUCUUCUUUUGUCGAAGAAGCAGCUGACAGGAGACUCCUAGGGAUGGUUUAUGAUUCCAAAGGAGAUUAUGAAACUGCACUUGAGCAGUAUAUUUUGGCAAGUGUGACAAUGGCUGCUGCUCGUCAACAUGACGAGAAAAGCAAGGACAUAGCAGCGGCCGAGUUGGCUGCUGCUAUAGACUGCAACAUUGGGGAUGCAUAUCUCUCUCUUUCAAGAUACAAUGAGGCUAUAUGUUCAUACCAAAAAGCGAUCACGAUGUUAAAAAACUCUGUCUAUAAAGGUGAUCAAAACCAUCCAUCCAUUGCUUCUGUAUAUGUUCAUUUAGCUAAUUUGUACAAUAAAAUGGGAAGAUUUAAGGACUCCAAAUCUUAUUGUCAAAAUGCUCUCCGAGUAUAUUGUGCUAAUCCAUCACUUCCCGAAGUGAUGGCGUGUGGUUUAGCCGAAGUGGCUGCGAUUUACGAAUCGAUGGGUGAGCCGGAAGAAGCCCUUGAUUUGCUUCACAAGGCCAUCAAAGCAUAUGGAGAUGCGACCAUAGGGCCACAUCAUAGCACACUCAUUGCAGGGAUUGAAGCACAAGUUGGAGUUUUGUAUUACACCAUAGGGGACUACUCAGGUUCUUACAACUACCUUAAAAUUGCUAUUGACAAGUUUCGGCUCGUUGAGGAGAAAAAGGAGCAACGGAAGAAGAAGAAGACAUCCUUUUCUGCUGUUUUGGGCAUUGCUCUCAACCAAAUGGGGCUGACUUGUCUCCAACUCUUUACAAUAAAUGAGGCUGCAGAUUGUUUUGAAGAAGCAAGAUUCAUCUUGGAAGCUGAACACGGACCAUGCCACGUCGACACAUUGGGAGUUUAUAGCAAUCUUGCUGCUACUUAUGAUGCCAUGGGAAGGACUGACGAUGCAAUUGAAAUUUUGGAAUUUGUGGUUGGAAUGAGGGAAGACAAACUCGGAACUGCAAACCCAGACGUGGAUGAAGAGAAGAGAAGGCUGGCAGAAUUGUUAAAAGAAGCAGGAAGGGUUAGAAACAGGAAAGCUAAAUCUCUUGAAGCCCUUUUGGGUAAUAAAUCACAUAUAUUGAAAAAUUGGGAAGUUAAAUAUAUUUGAAUGUGUAUAAAAUAUUCUUUUCACACCACUUAGUGUCAUAGUGCAAUAUUAUUAGUAUAUACUAAAAGAAUUACAAAUUAUAUAGAUUAGCGAGUUCUACCUCCCUAAUAAUGGAGUACAAUCGAUAAUAUUUUUGUAAUGUCGUACGUAGCUGAUCAUAAUUCUUGAACAUUUCUUACCUUCAGGCUUCAAAUGAUUAAAUUGAGUUUCAC